GGACGCCCGGGGCCGGGACAGCGGAGGGGGCGCUGGGGACCGCCCUGCGCCGCACGCGCGGGCUCCUCGGGCCGCCCUCCCCGACGCCAGCUCCGCUCCGGGCCGAGCCCGGGCGCCGGGCCACGACGGUGCGUCCGAGAAUACCCCGGGCUAGAGGAGAGCAGAGGGCAGCGGGCGCCGGGAGGGCAGACACACGGGGUCCGAGAUUUCAGACCCAGAAAAGAAGGACCCUUGGGCCGGGUUGGGAGGGCCGUAAGAAGACGGGAAGCGCCUUACAAGUCCGUGGCAGGGCAUGUGCCAGGGCCCGGGCAGACCAGUGUGGCCGAAGCCGGCAGGGAGGGAGGCUGAGAGGCCAGCGGUGGCCUCCUUCCUGCGAGGGGGGGAGCCGGGGAGGUCUCGAGGCGAGUGGGAAGCACAGAUUGGCGUCUUAGGAAGAGCCGACGUGGGUGGGAAGAGGGUGGUUGCGGAGUGAGGCGUCGAGGAGCCUGCGUUCCGAGUGGGCCAGGAACGGGAACAGGACAAGGGCGGGCGCCGGCCUCUGGAGGAUGCGGACCCUCCCCGGUGGGAGCUCCCAGGAGCUCACGUGCUGCGCCGGCUGGAGACAGCAGGGGGACGAGUGUGGGAUCGCUGUGUGCGAAGGCAACUCCACGUGCUCAGAGAACGAGGUGUGCGUGCGACCCGGCGAGUGCCGCUGCCGCCACGGCUACUUCGGGGCCAACUGCGACACCAAGUGCCCGCGCCAGUUCUGGGGUCCCGACUGCAAGGAGCUGUGCGUCUGCCACCCGCACGGGCAGUGCGAGGACGUGACGGGCCAGUGUACUUGUCACGCGCGGCGCUGGGGCGCACGCUGCGAGCAUGCGUGCCAGUGCCAGCACGGCGCGUGCCACCCUCGGAGCGGCGUGUGUCGCUGCGAGCCCGGCUGGUGGGGCCCGCAGUGCGCCAGCGCGUGCUACUGCAGCGCCACGUCACGCUGCGACCCGCAGACGGGCGCGUGCCUGUGCCACGCGGGCUGGUGGGGCCGCAGCUGCAACAACCAGUGCUCCUGCAACACGUCGCCGUGCGAGCAGCAGAGCGGCCGCUGCCAGUGCCGGGAGCGCACGUUCGGCGCGCGCUGCGAGCGCUAUUGCCAGUGCUUCCGCGGGCGCUGCCACCCGGUGGACGGCACGUGCGCGUGCGAGCCCGGCUACAGGGGCAAGUACUGCCGGGAGCCGUGCCCCGCCGGCUUCUACGGCCUGGGCUGCCGCCGCCGAUGCGGCCAGUGCAAGGGCCAGCAGCCGUGCACCGUGGCCGAGGGCCGCUGCCUGACGUGCGAGCCCGGCUGGAACGGCACCAAGUGCGACCAGCCAUGCGCCGCCGGCUUCUACGGCGAGGGCUGCGGCCGCCGGUGCCCGCCGUGUCGCGACGGGCACGCCUGCAACCACGUGACCGGCAAGUGCACGCGCUGCAACGCGGGCUGGAUCGGCGACCGGUGUGAGACCAGGUGCAGCAAUGGCACGUACGGCGAGGACUGCGCGUUCGUGUGCGCCGACUGCGGGAGCGGCCACUGCGACUUCCAGUCAGGACGAUGCCUCUGCAGCCCGGGCGUCCACGGGCCCCACUGUAACCUGACGUGCCCGCCCGGGCUCCACGGUGUGGACUGCGCCCAGGCCUGCAGCUGCCACGAGGACUCGUGCGACCCGGUCACCGGUGCCUGCCGCCUGGAGACCAACCAGCGCAAGGGCGUGAUGGGCGCGGGGGCGCUGCUCGCCCUGCUCCUCGGCCUGCUACUCUCGCUGCUCGGCUGCUGCUGCGCCUGCCGCGGCAAGGACCCAGCGCGCGGGCCCCGACCCCGCAGGGAGCUCUCACUGGGGAGGAAGAAGGCGCCACAGCGCUUGUGCGGACGCUUCAGUCGUAUCAGCAUGAAGCUUCCCCGGAUCCCGCUCCGCAGGCAGAAGCUGCCCAAGGUCGUAGUGGCCCAUCACGACCUGGACAACACACUCAACUGCAGCUUCCUGGAGCCGCCCUCGGGGCUCGAGCAGCCCUCACCGUCGUGGUCCUCCCGGGCCUCCUUCUCCUCCUUCGAUACCACGGAUGAAGGCCCCGUGUACUGUGUACCCCAUGAGGAGGCGGCCGCCGAGAGCCGGGAUUCGGAGGUCCCCGCCGCGGCGCCAGUGACCACGCCGGCGGAGGAGGCUGCGCCCCUCCCCGCGUCCUCCGACAGCGAGCGGUCGGCAUGCAGCGGUGACGGGCCCGGAGGGGCGCUGUAUGCGCGUGUGGCCCGGCGCGAGGCCCGGCCGGCCCGGGUCCAAGACGAGGCCCGAGGUCUGUCGCUUUCGCCAUCGCCCGAGCGCCGGAAGCCGCCACCACCCGACCCCGCCACCAAACCCAAGGUGUCCUGGAUCCAUGGCAAGCACGGUGCCGGGGCUGCCGCCGCAGCCCGUGCGCCCUCGCCUCCACCUGCGGGCCCCGGGGCCGCUCCCAGCCCCAGCAAGAGGAAACGGACGCCCAGCGACACGUCAGCGCGGCCCCCCGGGCUGGCAGAGGAGGGGCCGGCCCUCGCGGCACCCUCCCCGCCUCGGGCUCGGGCUCGGGGCCGCGGCCCAGGCCUCCCAGAGCCCACGGACGCUGGCGGGCCCCCGCGCAGCGCUCCCGAGGCUGCCUCCAUGCUGGCCGCCGAGCUGCGCGACAAGACUCGCAGCCUGGGCCGCGCCGAGGGGCCCCCGGGCAUGCAGGGCCCCCGAGAGAAGCCGGCGCCUCCGCAGAAGGCCAAGCGCUCCGUGCCUCCCUCCUCGCCAGCCCGUUCGCCCCCCGCGCCCGAGGCCCCGGGGCCCGAAAAGGCGGCAGCCGGCACGCCCGGAUCCGACACCCCUCGAAAGAAAACCCCCAUUCAGAAGCCGCCCCGCAAAAAGAGCCGGGAGCUGGCGGGCGAGCCGGGCCGGGCGGGCGCGCCCACGCUGUAGUAAGGGCGGCCCACGGGCCUGCAACUUCCCCGCUUAGCAGCACUGCUUGGCGCCCCGUGCCCUGCGCGCCCUCCUCUGCCACGGGAGCUGCAGGGCGGGACGCUGCGUCUCGCUGGUUCGGCCCGCGGCCCUCCUGGACGGGCCCGUGCUUGCUGCGGCAGGAAGCCCCAUCCCAGUGGCUGAGGCCUGACAGGCGCUUCGCUGACCCCUCCCUUCCCACAGCCUCCCUGGGGAGGGCUCCCGCCUGCCUGCUGGGCUCUCCAAGGCCAGGGGCAGGAGGGCUCUGUCUAGAGGACACCUCCCACUGGCCCAGAGUGCCUCCUCUGGGCCACCUUCUCACUGGCUGGGGCCAGAAGCACUUCCACCCGGGAUGCCUCUCCGGUCAGGGCCUGGCGCCUCUGGCUGGAGGCUCCCUCCCCGCGACCCUGGCCAGAGGCUUCUUCCACUGGCCGAGCCCCAGGGUCUCUGGUUGACAGGAGCCUGGGGAGGAGGGCUGGUCUCUGCUCCUCAGGGGGCUUGGCUGUCCCCCAACCAGUCCUCCCCAGCCUCCCCAGCCCCCUCUGCUGUCGAGCUGGUUUUGAUGGCCUCCCAGCACCCCACAUGCCUGGGAAUUCGAGGGGCAACUCCAGUGGCCUGAGGAGAUGUAUUUAUAGGCCCCUGGCAGGGCUGCUCCCACCCCCCCACCCCUGGGGGGCCCCAGGAUGGGCUCCUCUCGGCAGGGGCUUGGCCAAAGCUUUCUGAAUAAAGUGCCUCCCCCCCCCCCACCACCAUGGUCUGCCCGCUUCCUCUCUGCUGGGCCUCUUGACAAGGACGUCACCCCAAGAAACCUGGCACCCCUUGACCCAAGUGGCGUCUGGGAGCCCAGGUGUCGUCCCCCAAGACCACGUGGGAAGUGGGUCCUAUCUGUCUGCCCAGCCUUCAGCUUUUUAUCCAAUGUGUUGGGCAUCCACUCAGCCCACCCCCCCUCCACUGGCAGCUGGUGACGCCGGGCGGGCGGGCAGGAACAGAUAGGAUGGUUACAAGGAAGGAGCCCGUGUGCGGCGACUCCUGCCCUGCGCCUUCCCCACCGGCCACCGCUGUGACACUCGGGGCCCCAAGCUCUUUGGUGUGUCUGGGGCGGGUCAGAGGCUGGGGCCAGGGGGCAGCAGGCCAGGAGCACAGCCUCUAGCCGGGCCACGUCUGGCACAAACAAGACCGUCUGGCCAUUCACAGAGCCCUGCUGUCCGUCUCAAUGGGCUCCCUGUCCUCAGCCGGAAACGCUCAGCCGCCCACCCUGCUGGCUGCGGGAGCUGGGGGAGGGGGGAGCAUGCCUGGCCCCGAGCCCCUGCUGGCCCCUCUCUGUCCUGGCCUUCUUUCUGCAUCCCUUAUUAUGUGUCUUCAGGGCUUGUGGCCCUCAGGAGGGCCUCGCAAGUGAUCUUCCCGAGCUCCAUAACCUCACCUCUCUAUGGUGUGCACUGUCCCCGCCCACCUGGGCUCCUCCAUCGCCCGCCUCUGCCUGGCGGGCCUCUUCCUCACCCCCCAAACCCCGUUGCCAGCUCUUUCCAUCAGGAGAUUCAGCCAAGACGCUCCCAUCACCUCCCCACGCCCUCCCUGUGGACCCUGGAACGACCGGAGUGUGACCAGUGCUGGUGGCUCAGGGGUCUCACCUCGUGAGUCUCCGGUCCUCUGGCCAGAUGCCACCUGGAGGUCCAUGUCGGUGACCCAUGCAGGGGCCGAGCCAGCUGAGCGGAGACGCCUCAUGGCACGGGUGGACAUCUGGCGUGGCUCCCGUGGCCGUGGUCCCGGCCUCUGGCCUGGUCGGGCCGCACGUGGAAGGCGGGCUCCCGCUCCCUGGGCACACGGCUUCCCUAGAGCCAGCCGGGCACCCUCCCAGCCGUGGCCCUGCGCCUGGCCACAGCCUCAUCCCUUCCUUCCGGCACCAGGCUGUGCUGGCUGCCGGGCAGAGAACACAGCCUUAACAUUGGCCAGGAGGGGCAGAGGCCCAGCGAGGGCAGGGCACGGACUGAGGAGGGCGUGGAGGGCGGGCGGUGGGUCAGGCAGCAGUGGCUGGGCACCCCCACUCACCGUGCCCACCCUGUUGCUCCCCGACCCCCCCGACCCCUGCUCCAGUGGGCAAACCACUCCCCAGCCUGGAUCAGCACGGUUUGGGGCAACCGGAGGGCUUGGGCCCCAUAUCUCACGUCCAGCAGGCCUCCCCCGGGGCCCCUCCGCCCCCUGCCCCGGAGCCUCCGAGCAUCGGAGACCCUGAACUUCAGGAGUCCCUCUGUGUCGGCGCCCCAUGGAGCAGGGGCCCCUCUGGCACUUCCGGCAGCAGCCCUGCUACCGGCACCCUGGAGGCCAGAUGCUGUGGCCUGGGGCACCCAGCCCAGGAAGCUCCCCCCCCCCCGGAAGGUCUAGGUAGCAGCCUGGUGAGGGAGCUGCCAGACCCCACCCCGGCCCGACACCCACUCCCCCCCCCACGGCCCUGCAGCAGCGCCAGCUCCCAGGGCAGGCGCCACAAAAGGGAACCGCGGCUGCUGGAACCUCCGUUGCCAUGGGGACGGGGACCACAGGACUCACAUCUGGUAGCGAUUGAGGAGGAAAAAUUAUGAGUCGUGGAAAAUGCAAAUAUUUUUUGUAGCACAGAGCACAAAGGAGGGGGAGGAAUGUGGGACUGGAGAAGGCCUGAGCCGGAGCACACGCCACACAGAGGCCGAGCUACAUGCACACACGCGUGCACACACACGUGCACACAGACACACACUCUGAAACGUACCUGCACCUACAGCCAGGCCAACAGAGAUCGAGAGAUGCCACCAGUGCCCCCACCCCCGCCCCGGGGCGGAAACAGACAGCCCUGCCAACACAAACACAGAAACUGAGGCCGAGGCCCUGUCACACCGCACCCGCACACGCACACCAGGAGAACCGGGGAAACACAGGGAGAGACGCACACACUGAAGCGAACACGCGUGUACGAGGAAGCAUGCUCUCUCGGCAAAACACCUGGAACAGAGAAGGCUCAGCAACGCACACGGUACCACCAGGUGCGGGACACGGAGACGGCAUGGACGUGCGGCACAGCACAGCCCCCAGCUCAGAGAAGACCUGGGAGAGACACAGACCCUGCAACACGCGCGUGCGCACACACACACUCACACACACACACCCUGCAGGCUCCCAGGAGGACCCACAGCACUCAGUCCACUACACAUCAGGAGGCGGACACGGGACGACGCUGCUGAAUUUGUCUGUGUUGGAGGUCGCACCCCACUGUGAGCCCAGAGCCCGAUCCUGAAAGGCCAAGUUGUCCUGGCACGUGCCAGACUCCCUCAUCCGUUCUUGUAACUCCCUCGAUCACCCGGCUCUAGAAAACCCCAGCUGCUACCUUUCCUGGUCAACAUUUCUUGUUAGCAAAUGUUGCUCCUGCCGCCAUCGCGGGAAUAAAACCAUCCGCUGACUGUC